ACGGAUUCUACAUCGCAUCUAUAUGUGGGAAAUCUAAAUUCUUGCAGGGGUUAAGGGGCUUAUGUGGAGUUCCUAGCUUUCAUUGUUGCGGCAGCGCACGGCAAAAGGUGGCUGGAAGAGAAUAUCUAGCCCACAGUAUGAUAUGCUAACCGGCAUUGGAGGUAUUAGAGUGUUUGCUUAAAGCAUUGGCCUCCCUCACUCGGCUGUUGUUAUUGAUUGGUCCCUCAACUGCGCGACGGGCAAUCAGCCAUGGUCCUUGGAGCUCAGGAAAAUGCUGGCGAUUUAGACCCGUAUGUAUCGGCCUCCGAGGCGCAGUCUCUGCCGAGGCCUUCCACCUUUAGCCUCGUCGUUGGUGAGGCUCCGCCGUCGCCCAGUAGCAGCUGUGACGACCUGCAGCGAAUCGAUACGGAUGGCAACACGCGACAGCCUCUCCUGACCGGCUUUAAGGAAAGAGGGGAGCUUACAUCCCUGCCGGAGAGUCAUGCCACCCUAAGCUUUCCGGACGAAAACGCGCCCUGGUAUCGCAAACUCUUUGCUUUUGCUGGUCUCGGAUUUCUCAUCAGCGUUGGAUACAUGGACCCUGGGAACUGGGCCACCGAUCUGGCUGCGGGCUCGUCCUUCGGCUACACGUUGUUGUUUGUGGUACUGCUGUCGUCAAUCUUUGCCAUGUUCCUGCAGUACCUCGCGCUAAAGCUGGGUGUGGCAUCAGAUCGAGACCUGGCGCAGGCUUGCCGUGACGCCUACCACCCCAGGGUCAACAAGGUGCUGUGGUUUAUUGCCGAGCUGGCCAUUGCCGCCACCGACCUCGCAGAGGUGGUUGGCUGCGCCAUUGCGUUCAACUUGCUGCUGGGGAUGCCCCUAUGGGCGGGUGUGCUGGUGACGGCAGUGGACGUGUUCGUCAUGAUGGUGUUUGAGGCGAAGAGCUUCAGGGCGCUGGAGGUGCUGGUGGCGGUGCUGACCGCGCUGAUUGCGGGCUGCUUCAUGUACGAACUCAUCAAGGCCAAGCCGAACAUGGCCAAGGUGAUGCAAGGCUACCUGCCCAGCGCUUCCAUUGUGUCGAACCGGGAGAAGCUUUACAUUGCCACCGGCAUUCUCGGCGCUACCGUUAUGCCGCACAACCUCUACCUACACUCUUCCGUCAUCCAGACAAGGGCCUAUCCCCGCAACACGCGCGGCCGCCGGAUGGCAGUCCGUCUAGGCGCCCUGGACUCCACUCUAUCGCUCUUUCUCGCGUUUAUCGUCAACUCAGCGAUCCUGAUUGUGGCCGGUGCCGCUUUCCAUUACGGCAAUCCCCCACGUACCGACAUUGCCGACAUUGCGGAUGCUUAUGACCUGCUGUCGCAUUCUUUGGGCGCUAAGGCGGCCUCGGUUCUUUUUGGUAUUGCUUUACUUGCGUCGGGUCAGAACAGCACCAUCACCGGAACUCUCAGCGGACAGAUUGUCAUGGAGGGCUUUUUGAACAUCAAGCUGCGGCCGUGGUUGCGGCGGCUGAUUACUCGCGGGACAGCGAUUGUGCCGGCGGCGAUAGUGGCGGCCGUGAUGGGCCGUGAAGGCGUUUCCAAGCUUCUGGUUCUGUCGCAGGUGGUGCUCUCCUUGACGCUGCCCUUCGCUGUCUUUCCGCUGGUGCACUUCACUUCGAGCAAACACUUCAUUGGAAAGCACGCCAAUGGGUGGGCCGUGUCGGCGCUGGCAUGGCUUCUGUUCCUUUUCAUUACCGGCCUCAACUUGAACCUCAUUGUGCAGUCGGCCAUCAGCGGCAGCUUUGCGGACCUCGGCCAUUAG